AUGGUUGAUGAAAAUAUAACAGUGAGUGAUAAUUCAGAUAUAGACGAAGGCGGUACCGCAGAACUUCGUGGUUACCUUAGUAAAUGGACGAAUUACAUUCAUGGUUGGCAAGAUAGGUUUAUCGUUUUAAAGGAUUCAACAUUAUCAUAUUAUAAAAGUGAAUUAGAGAGUAAUCUCGGGUGUAGAGGAGCGUUAUGCUUGAAAAAAGCCAAAGUAAAGCCACAUGAAUUUGAUGACUGCAGAUUUGACGUAUCAGUAAAUGAUUGUGUUUGGUACUUACGAGCAUCAAAUCCUGAAGAAAAACAACAAUGGAUUGAUAUCCUGGAAUCUUUUAAAGUAGAGUCAGGGUAUGGAACAAGUUCAGAUAGUAGUUCCAACGGAGGUGGUCUGAGACGGCAUGGCUCUGUAACCUCUCUUCAAUCAACUGGUUCCAAUGGUCGAACCUCACGUCGCCUUACGGAGAAGAUCGCCGAACUGGAUACAUACAGGGAGUUGCUCUCAAAGCAAGCCACGCAAUUGCAGCAGUACUUCGACACCUGUCUCGCCUCGUGCCCUCAGAUCAACGAUGAAACUAUGGAGGCCAUCGAUGCGGUUAAACUGGCUGAUGGCGUGGACUUGCGGGGGUGUGCGGGCGGGGUGCGGGCGACGGGCGCCUCGUUCAGGGCCACGUGCGGUGCCACCAUCGCCACUCUCCAGCACUGCGUCGAGCUGCUCAGGCGCCGCGAGAAGCAGGCCCGCCAGGCGGAGGAGCUAUACAUGGCGCUGAAGAAUCAAUUGACGGAAGCAAGAUUGGCUUCCAAGCCCGGACCGGAUCACGAGGAGGGCCCGCACUCUACGUUGCCGGACGACGAGUUCUACGAUGCCGUUGAGACCGGCUUCGACAAGAUGGAGGAGGAGCGGUGCGCGCGCGUCGUGCCACCCGCCGAGCGCACCAGAGACGAGGUGGAGUUGCCGCCGCCCGCCGUCGACAACCGCCUCACCGUCCACCCCCUGUGGCCAGAGAUCGACAGGAUAUCGACAGAGCAGAUACAGGCUGCGUUCGAGGAGGUCGGAGGCGGCAUUGGCUGGCAACUUUUCGCCGAAGAGGGCGACAUGAGGAUGUAUAGGAGGGAGGUGGAAGUAGACGGAAUGGUGAUGGACCCGCUGAAGGCGAUGCACAAAGUGCGCGGGGUGACAGCGCGCGAGAUGUGCCACUACUUCUUCAACCCACGCUACCGAUACGAGUGGGAGACCACGCUGGAGACCAUGACGAUAGUGGAGGAGGUGUCCUCGGACGCGCUGGUGUUCCACCAGACGUUCAAGCGCAUCUGGCCCGCGUCGCAGAGGGACGCGCUGUUCUGGUCGCACGUGCGCGCCGCCGACGGCAACACGUACGCGGUCACCAACCACUCCACCACCAACGGCGAUUACCCGCCGAACGCCGGCGCGUGCAUCCGGCUGUUCGUGACCGUUUGCCUCGCGUGCCGCAGCACGUGGCCGGCCGGCGAGACGCCCACCAGGGAUAACGUCACCACCAGCAUCGCCUACUGCAGCACGGUGAAUCCCGGCGGCUGGGCGCCGGCGGGCGUUUUGCGCGCGGUGUACAAACGCGAGUAUCCGAAGUUCCUCAAGCGCUUCACGGGCUACGUGGUGGAGCAGUGCCGCGGCAAACCGCUCGCCAUC